AUGCAUAAGGGUUCAGUAAUCAUUACUGGCUGCGAUAGCGGGCUCGGGUUGGCGCUGUGCAGCCUCCUUCCGCGGCACGGCUACUACGUCCUCGCGACGUGUCUGACAGAGGAAGGUGCUGAGGUCGCCACCGCUGCCAUAAACGGCGACCUCGAUGCUGCCCACUGCCAACUGAAAGUCCAAAACGGGUGUAUAGAAUGUAAGGAAGGCACAUGUUUCCUCCUUGACGUCACGUCUGCUUCCGCCGUUGAGAGCUUCUGCGACGAUGUGACUAGGCGCGUAACAGCAACGAGGAUCCCCCCUCUCUAUGCGAUCGUAAACAACGCUGGAAUUUGGCGAUUCGGCUUGUUGCAGGAUGCAUUUAAAUCGCCCGAAAAUCGCUUGGCGGAGGUAGACCGGUGGAAGGAGGUGCUGGACACGAACCUGCUAGGCGCACUGCGGGUAACGCUCGCCUUUGCUAACCAACUCCACCAAUCGACGGACGGUUGCGAUCCGAGGGUGGUGUUCAUCUCUAGCGUUCUGGAUCGUCACGCCCUUCCUGGCCAGGGGGCGUACGUUGCGUCCAAAUUCGCCAUCAGCGGUUUUCACGAAACACUCUGCCACGAAUUGGCGGGAACGAACAUCCGCCCCGUGAUCAUCAGACCAGGGGCGCUCAAGAACACCAGGCUGUUUAAUCGUGAUUUGGAUCGACAAAAUGCAGCGCAAACCCAACGGUUGGAGCACGACGCAGACCUGCUGAAGGCAUCAUACAGGGUGCUCCUCCACUUUGCUGGCGAUUGCAACCAGGUGGCGCUGACUGUUUUGGAUGCGCUCCAAACCAAGGAACCGGAUUCCGAGAUUUCCAACGUAACCGGCGCACUCCCGUUUAUGGUGGCGGAGUACCUACCUCGGCGCCUGUUCGUGCAGAUCGUCAGGGUGGUGCUUCGGAACCUGGGAUGGCUGUAUCACCGUGCAGCGUCUAUUUUUAGACGUCGUUUGCGAGAUUAG